AUGAUGAAUGCUUACUAUAUAUCUCACAAUGCUGUGGACUGUUUGGAAUUUCGAGGCUUUAAUUGGUCUGGAGCUCCAAAAAAGAAAAAGAAAGGAAAGAAAGGAAAGAAAAAGAAAUAG